UUUGUCACGUGACCUAUGGCAGCUUCCCUCGCGACGAAUGAAUACAAACACAUUCUCAUACACAGUCAGUAAUUAGACUUCACAGUCGAAAACGUAGCGGCAAAAUGAGCUCUAGUGGCGAAGAAGAAGAAAACAACAAAAAUGACCCAGAGGCUCGCAUUGCAGCCCGUAGAUUACGGAUUCAAAGACGAAUCGAGGCAGCCAAACGGGCGGCGAUGGGUGAAGACCCGAAUGAAAAUAAGGAAGUGAUGGAAGAACUGAGCAAGAGCAGGAAGCAGAUUGAAGAUAGUCGGCUACGUUUGACCAAGCUGGACAAGGAUGGAUAUGAACUGGUCACUAAUAUCCGAGUUGCAGGAGAUGCUCGGGAGGCAAUGCGGAGGACAGAUGAAGAAGAAGCCAAACGACUAAGAAAAGAGAGGUUGGAACAAGAGGCCAAGUCAGGAUCAGAGAGGUUUGAGGAGAUUACUAAGAAAUGGGAGUCUGCCCUGCAGAAAGAAGUACCACAGUCACUGCAUGAGAUGUUGAAACUGCAGAAGACAGCAUGUGACUCCAUGAUUGAUGAGAAAAAUAAACUUAUCAAUGACUUUCAACAGGAACUGAAGUACAAGGAUGAACAGUAUGUGAAGGACCUGAAGAAGAUGGCGGAGGACAUUGACCUGAUGAAGGAGAGGAUGGAGGAGCAGACUCGCAACCUGAAGAAGGCGUACCGAGAAGAACUUGAGGAGAUCGAGCGGGCUUUUGUGGCUGAACGGAACGAGCUCCUGGGGGAUGAGCAGGGGCAGUGGGGGGAGCAGAUGAAUAAACGCAGCGACAAGGAAGAGGAGUACAUGAAGGCCAGGGAGAACUCUGUGGAAGACUAUGAGCAGCAGCUGCAGCAUCUACGUGUACAUGAUGCAGAAGAGUACAACAUUGUCAAGAUCAGGCUGGAGACAGAUGUACAGAUCCUUGAGCAGCAGCUGCAGCAGAUGCGGGCCACGUACCAGCUGAACCAAGAGAAGCUGGAGUACAACUUCCAGGUGUUGAAGAAACGUGACGACGAGAACACCAUCACCAAGUCCCAGCAGAAGAGAAAGAUCACACGGUUACAAGAUGUCCUGAAUGGAGCCAGAAUAAAACUGGCGAAACAGGAGAAGCAGUACAGGGAUGAGAAUCAGCAGCUGAGUGAGGAUUACAAGAGAAUCACAGAACAGUUCCGAGACCUGCAGAGGAAGUCAAAACACUUCAUGGCCACAGAUGAGAAGAAGCUGGCUGACGUGUGGUGCAUGAACGAAGAGGAGUGUAAGACUUUGGUGGAGGCUAUUAUGGAGGGGGACCGAAUCAUCCACGAGCAGCAGCUGGGUCUAGACUGGAGAUCCCCUGAUCUGUCAUUCAUGGACAAUGUUGGUCCACUGCGUGGCAAUGCAGGCCCUGAUGGUAUGACCGCCACACAAGUGCUCCAUGAAGUUCUCUCCCAGACUGGAAGCCAACAGGACAUGGAGGAACGGGAGGAUGAGGAAGAACUAGAAGAUGCAGAUGAUGAACCUCAUCAACUUAACAAGAAAAACAGUAUUUUCUCUAAAAUCUCUGCACACACAAUCAAGUCUAUCCUGGAACUCCUGUGUGAUGAAUCCGGCUUCCUGGUGGAGCAGAAACUCAACAAGCUCUUGAUGCCCCUGGAGAAGGAUGAACAGUCGCUGAUGAAGCUAGAUGCCAUCUUCUCAGCGCUGGGGAUCGAGACGGAGGAGGACAUACACAAGCUGGCCACCUACUUCAUGCAUUUACGGGAGAAGACACUGGUGGAGGACGAGAAGAAAGAUGACAUUCCUGAGAAAUCUGAUGACCAGUCUACCAGAGCAGAUGUGGAUGAGUUGGAUGAGGAAAUACAGCAGCUGACAGGGAGGAGGAGUCAGGACGAGGAGACGGAGGAGCCCCGAGGAGAGGAGGAGGAGGAGAAAGUUCAGCUGGUACAUCCGAAUGAGGUCCUCAAAGCUCUCCGGGCAUUUGUGGAAGACCACAGGCAGCCUGUCAAGGAGAAAGGAGGCAAGUCACAGUUUAAGAUUGCGACUCUGGAAGAACGAGAUGACUCGGAGGAUUCGGACUACUGGGCCAAAUAUGCAGGCAUCCUCUCAGACAAGAAGGAGAGAAUGUGGGAUGCAUUGAUUGAUGGGAUGGAAAAGUACAGUGAGGUGUUGAGCAGUCGGUCCAGCCUGAUCACGGAGACAGAUGCACUUCGACAACAGAAUGCAGAACUGCGCAUGUUGCUGCACCAGUAUGUAAACUCCAAGGUGAAUUCAGAGCUUGAGAUUCCACCUACUCGAGUUCUUCAGCUGGAGAUGAAUCCACAGUGAACACAGUCUCAAAGACUAAACUUGUAUAUAAAAGAUUGUACAUUUAUAAGGCGAUUUUUGUCCUAGAAGAAAUCAUUAUUUAUGCAGUAUAACAAAGUAUGGUAUUGUAAAUAAACACAAAUGAAAACA